CCUCAUAGCACCAGAUGGGCUUUCUGCUUUGUGAUCUACUGUCAGUGCGCACCACAGAUAAGGAAACAUCUGAGAGCAUUUUUGGAGGAUUUAUCAAUCCAAAGCACUGGUGAGUUAUGUGCUCUCUCCAGUGUCAGAGUUAGGAGGCUUUACUAACUCUUCUUUCUUGCUACAAGGGACAAUAUUUGCACAAAGUGCAAGCCAGAGGCUCCAGCUGCUGCAGUUUUGCAAGCCAUAAACCAGUGGAUUCUGACUUCCUUAAAUGAUGUAAAUUAGCUCUGAAGGAAUGGACAGCUCCAACAAAAAAACCCACACAAGUUUUCUGAAAAGACAGCAAAGGAACUAGAAAAGACAGCUUGACUUGUAGGAUCUCACUUGACCCAUGAUUGACUCUCUGCUAAUGCAACACUAAUUUAAGACACCUUUGUGUAUCAGAUCUGAGGAUGUUUGUGCUGCUGUACAUUACAAGUUUUGCCAUCUACACAAGUGAACAACCUCUUCAAAGCCAGACCAAAGGAGAAAAUUACUACACCAGAUAUAUCUGUAGCAUCCCAGGUUUGCCAGGCCCUGCGGGCCCCCCUGGAGCCAGCGGAUCCCCGGGGCCACACGGACGCAUUGGUCUUCCAGGAAGAGAUGGUAGAGAUGGGAGGAAGGGAGAAAAAGGUGAAAAAGGGAGUGCAGGUUUGAGAGGAAAGACUGGGCCAUUAGGACCAGCUGGAGAGAAAGGAGACCAAGGUGAGUCUGGUAAGAAAGGACCUGGAGGACUGACGGGUGCCAAAGGUGAAGUAGGUCCAGCUGGACCACCUGGACCUAAGGGAGAUAAAGGAGACCGAGGAGAGCCAGGUGCCCCAGGGGUCUGCAAGUGUGGAAAGAUAGUGCUGAAAUCUGCCUUUUCUGUUGGCAUCACCACGAGCUACCCAGAGGAAAGAUUACCAAUUGUAUUCAAUAAAGUCCUCUUCAACGAGGGGGAGCAUUACAACCCAUCCACAGGAAAGUUCAUCUGUGCCAUCCCAGGGAUUUAUUAUUUUUCUUAUGAUAUCACCUUAGCAAACAAGCACCUUGCAAUUGGGCUGGUUCACAAUGGGAAAUACCGGAUCAAGACUUUUGAUGCAAACACCGGCAACCACGACGUGGCUUCUGGAUCCACAGUGAUCUACCUUCAGCCAGAAGACGAAGUAUGGCUUGAAAUCUUCUACACUGACCAAAAUGGUCUCUUUUCUGAUCCCACGUGGGCAGACAGUUUGUUUUCUGGAUUUCUCUUAUAUGUUGAUACAGAUUACCUUGAUGCUUUAUCAGAUGAAGAUGAGCUCUGAAGCAGAUGUCAAAUGACUUUCAAACAGGAGGCCCCAGCACAGGAUUUUAUUCAUCUCUAUGGGGAAAACAAAGUUGAAAUGAAAAAAAAUCUGGGAGUUCAUUCUUGUUUUGACUGGAACCAGAUCUGAGCUCAUAAGGAUGUUUCUAGAAUCUAGGAUGGAUUUCUUAACAAAAAGCAGGGAUAUCAAAAUGAACUGUAAUUAACAAAAGACUGCAUCACUCCAGGACUGACUCUUCCCUAAAAUUAUGUUUAUAACACUAUUUAAACAAAUUUAAGAUACUGUACAUUGGAUUUUAUAUAAAAUGUAUUAAGUUGCAAUUUAGAAUGGAUAUUUUGUAUAUUACAUUAAAGCAAAAUUGAA